AUGAAAACACUGAGAGCGUACACAUAUUGCUCCCACAUCGGAUUUCGAUCAGCGUCGCGUGUUCGGACCCUGCACAGUUCUGUCGGGUUUCGUCAAAAGCGCCAUAAAACGUCGGCCGGCAUUACGGUGAGCGGACGUGCAAAAUCAGUGGCGGGCGGGUUAGUACGGCGUGCGGUUCGAUCGUGUCGAGGCAAGGCGCGGUGGAAACGUCAGAAAAAUCGAAUUUCCAUGCCGUCAGUCGAGGCAGAGGCGGCGCGGCGGCAGCAUCGCGCACACAGCGCCCGCGCUCGCCUCAGCCCGUUCGUGUUCGAAUAUUUGAAUUUAGAAUCGCGCGAAAUUCGCGAAGCGGUCCCCGCGCUCGAG